CUGAUGGAUUUUACCCGGAUACCGAGGAUCAUCUUACACCGGAUAGAUCUCCCACAAUGUUGCGUGUGUAAAGAGGAGGAGGUUCUCAAUGAAACAGAACCACAGAGGAACCAACUCAUCUCUCAUGGCUCUGCAGAAGCUGAGAACCAGGAUCAGGAAGGAAUCAAUUCUGAAGACCCAGGAAAAGAGAGAAAGGAAGAACAAAAACAAAAGGAGAAAUAUGAGAAAACCAAAGAGCAGAAAGGCAGAACUGACACUUCAAAACAAAAAAAGCACAAGAAAGCUCACGCAGGGCAAAAAUUAUAUUCUUGUAAAAUUUGUGAUAAAACCUUUUCUCAAAACAAUAUCUUGCUGAGACACAUAAGAAUUCACAAAGAUGAGCGGCCUUUUUCUUGUGGGACUUGUGGAAGAGGUUUCUCCCUAAAAACUAAUUUAAAUGUUCACAUGAGAAUUCACACAGGUGAGAAGCCUUUCUCUUGUGGGUCUUGUGGAAGAAGUUUCUCCCAAAAAGCCCAUUUAAAUGCUCAUAUGAAAGUUCACAAAGGUGAGAAGCCCUUCUCAUGUGGGACCUGUGGAAAGAGUUUCAGUGAAAGAGGGGCUUUAACUCGGCACAUGAGAAUUCACACAGGUGAGAAGCCCUUCUCAUGUGGGACCUGUGGAAAGAGUUACAGUGAAAGAGGGGCUUUAACUCGGCACAUGAGAAUUCACACAGGUGAGAAGCCCUUCUCAUGUGGGACCUGUGGAAAGAGUUACAGUGAAAGAGAGCCUUUAACUCGGCACAUGAGAAUUCACACAGGUGAGAAGCCUUUCUCUUGUGGGUCGUGUGGAAAACGUUUCUCUCAAAAAGGUGAUUUAAAUGUUCACAUGAGAAUUCACACAGGUGAGAAGCCUUUCUCUUGUGGGACUUGUGGAAAAAGUUUCUCACAAAAAGGACCUUUAUCUUAUCACCUGACAAUUCACACAGGUGAGAAGCCUUUCUAUUGUGGAAUCUGUGGAAAAAGUUUCUCUCAGAAAGGCCUUGUAAAUGCUCAUAUGAAACUUCACACAGGCGAGAAGCCCUUCUCAUGUGAGACCUGUGGAAAGAGUUACAGUGAACGAGGGACUUUAACUAAACACAUGAGAAUUCACACAGGUGAGAAGCCUUUCUCUUGUGGGACUUGUGGAAAAAGUUUCUCACAAAAAGGACAUUUAUCUUAUCACCUGAGAAUUCACACAGGUGAGAAGCCUUUCUCUUGUGGGACUUGUGGAAAAAGUUUCUCACAAAAAGGACAUUUAUCUUAUCACCUGAGAAUUCACACAGGUGAGAAGCCCUUCUCAUGUGAGACCUGUGGAAAGAGUUACAGUGAACGAGGGACUUUAACUAAACACAUGAGAAUUCACACAGGUGAGAAGCCUUUCUCUUGUGGGAUCUGUGGAAAAAGUUUCUCUCGGAAAGGCCAUGUAAAUGCUCAUAUGAAACUUCACACAGGCGAGAAGCCCUUCUCAUGUGAGACCUGUGGAAAGAGUUACAGUGAACGAGGGACUUUAACUCGACACAUGAGCAUUCACACAGGUGAGAAACCUUUCUCUUGUGGGAGCUGUGGAAAAAGUUACAGUAACACAAGUUAUUUAUCUCGUCACAUGAAGACUCACUCUGAUGAGAAGCCAUAGGUCCAAAACAGAUCCGAUCCAAUUUGGCAUCUAAUCUUAUGGAAAAUCUGGUCAGAUGAUGUAAACAGCAAGUUGAACAUAUUAAAGUCAACAGAUUCUUGCAGGCUGCUAGUGAUUCACUGUGAUUGUGUCUUUCACUGUCUGACCAA